AUGGCGGACGCAGGACGAGGUGUAGGCCAGCAAGUAGAUGUUGUCGUUGUAGGCGACUUCAACCCACACGACCAACUGGGGGGAGGUGACGAGAUUCUGCUGGCCAGACAGGGAGAAGCGGACGAGAUCAUUGAGUUGAUGACAGAAUUCUCCCUCAACAGCCUGCUGCCUAGAGGAACAAAGACUUGGAAAGGAACAGACAAGGCGGGGCGGAUCCGCGAGACUACCAUUGACCUAGUGUUUGCGUCUCAGGAUCUAGCGAACGACCUAGUUAGAUGUGGACCACACGUUACGGACCAUGGAUCGGAUCAUAGAACAAUUGAGACGAUCUUUGAAACGGCGGUGCCUGAGCCAAUACCCCAGGUACGCUUGCUUUUCAAAAACGCUCCAUGGAAGAAAAUAAAUGUCAGGGUUGCCGUGGGCCUGGAGGGGAGCCCAGCCGAGUGUACGGUUCAACAGCAGACAGAUCGUCUUAUGUCAGUGGUGUUGGAGGCGGUUCACGCCUUAACACUCAAAGCUAAGCCUUUCGCGUAUGCGAAGCGAUGGUGGACGACAGACCUCACGCAACUUCGCAGAAUAUACACAUACUGGCGUAACCGCGCCAGGACGGAGAGACGGGUAGGCCAGCCGGUUAUUGAACUCGAAGAAACGGCCAAAGCCGCAGCCAAACGAUACCAUAGUGCGAUUCGACAGCAGAAGAGAUCCCACUGGGAUGCCUUCCUUAAGGACGAGGACAACAUCUGGGAAGCAGCCAAAUAUCUAAACCCAGGCGUCGACCCGGCCUUUGGCAAAGUACCUCAACUCGUAAGGGCAGACAAAUCUCGGACGGCCUUUAAUAAGGAACAAGCUGAAGAGUUACUGGCUACCUUCUUUCCGCCCCUCCCUGUCGACACCGAAGAUGAGGGUGAAAGACCUCAACGACCUCCGGUGCCCAUGCCAGACCUCACCGUGGAAGAAAUAGAACGGCAGCUUCUCCAUGCCAAGCCUUGGAAGGCACCUGGUGAUGAUGGACUACCAGUCAUAGUGUGGAAGAAAAUCUGGCCCGUGGUGAAACACAGGGUCCUGGCGUUAUUUCAAGCAUCAUUGACAGAAGGAGUGUUACCUGACCAAUGGCGGCACGCAAAGAUCGUACCCUUGAAGAAAUCUGACAAACCUGACUAUGCUCUCGCCAAAGCAUGGAGACCAAUAUCAUUGCUGUCAACACUCGGCAAGCUUCUGGAAGCUGUGCUCGCGGAAAGGUCGUCUCACGCGGUUGAGACUUACGGCUUGCUACCUACAAAUCACUUCGGGGCACGCAAGCAGAGGUCAGCAGAGCAAGCCCUGAUGCUCCUUCAAGAGCAGAUAUAUGCGGCUUGGAGAGGGCGUCGGGUGCUGAGCCUCAUUAGUUUUGGGGAAUUGCUAUACCGGCAUGACACUUUGGCUACACCGGCACCGGCAUGA